AUGGCGUCUGCUCUCUUCUUCCUCGACCUGAAGGGCAAGACCCUUCUGGCCCGUAAUUAUCGCGGAGACAUCCCUAUGUCCGCCGUCGAGAAGUUCCCUAUCCUACUGAGCGAAGCAGAAGAAGAAUCAUCAGCUGUGCCUCCUUGUUUCUCCCACGAGGGAAUUAACUACCUUUAUAUCCGCCACAGCAACCUCUACAUUCUCGCCCUGACCAAGCGAAACACAAAUGCCACCGAGAUUCUCCUCUUCCUCCACAAACUUGUGGAGGUCUUCACCGAAUACUUCAAGGUCCUGGAGGAGGAGAGUAUCCGAGACAACUUCGUCAUCAUCUACGAGUUGCUAGACGAGAUGAUGGACUUUGGAUACCCACAAACAACUGAAAGCAAAAUCCUACAAGAAUACAUUACUCAAGAAUCCCACAAGCUCGAAGUCCAAGCACGGCCGCCCAUCGCCGUUACAAACGCCGUCUCUUGGCGAAGCGAAGGUAUUCGUUACCGCAAAAAUGAGGUUUUUCUGGAUGUGGUCGAGUCUCUCAACCUACUGGUGUCGGCAAACGGGAACGUCUUGCGAUCUGAGAUCCUGGGUGCCAUCAAAAUGAAAUGUUAUCUAAGUGGCAUGCCCGAAUUACGAUUGGGCCUAAACGACAAAGCCAUGUUUGAGACCACGGGCCGCGCGACGCGGGGCAAGGCUGUCGAGAUGGAAGACGUCAAGUUCCACCAGUGUGUGCGACUAUCCCGAUUCGAAAAUGACCGAACUAUCAGCUUUAUUCCUCCGGAUGGUGAAUUCGAGCUUAUGAGCUAUCGUUUGAACACCCAGGUGAAGCCUCUGAUUUGGGUUGAGUGCCUGGUGGAGUCGCACUCGGGAUCACGAAUUGAAUACAUGCUCAAGGCCAAGGCCCAAUUCAAGCGCCGUAGCACCGCCAACAAUGUCGAAAUUCUGGUCCCAGUCCCCGAAGAUGCUGAUUCUCCCCGGUUCCGGACCAAUAUUGGCACUGUGCACUAUGCUCCCGAAAAGUCGGCGAUUAUUUGGAAGAUCAAACAGUUCGGUGGAGGCAAAGAGUUCCUCAUGCGAGCGGAAUUGGGUCUUCCAUCUGUGAAGGGCGACGACGAGCACGGCGGUGGUAUGACCGGUGGUUUUGGAGGCAGCAUGGGCGGUGCUGGUGCAACUGGCAAGGCGAAGCGGCCCAUCAACGUCAAGUUUGAGAUCCCCUACUUCACCACAUCUGGCAUUCAGGUGCGGUACCUCAAGAUCACCGAGCCUAAGCUCCAAUACCCCUCCCUUCCUUGGGUCCGAUACAUCACACAAUCCGGCGAUAUCGCCGUUCGCAUGCCAGAUGUCCAAUAA